UAAUUUUAGUCUGUCGUUGUCGCUUGACCCAUACGAUUCACGCUCUCCUUCAAGGAGAAAAGGUUUUCCUCCUUCAGUUCCUCUUUUUUUUCUUUUGCCAGUUCCGGUCCUGUGGUUUUAGUUUGAGUCCCUCGGCGAGAUAAUUAAUUGUGCUUCGCUGCUUUUUAGCAAUAAAUGAGGUUUGGUAGUUCAUAGUGCUUCGACCAUUUAUAAUUUGCAUCUCACGAAAAAAAGUGAUUUUCUUCCAACCUUGCAAAUAAGCUGAAACGAAAAUAGCAGAAAUCUUUUGCGUAGCAAGCAAGCAUACUCUGUAGAAGAAGGUGAAUAGAUAGAAGAAAAGCGAAGUGGUCAUGGGAGAUCAAAUGAGGCGCAAGAAUGUGACCAAAGUGUGAAGAAAAAGUUUACACGAUUUUCCAUACUCCGAGGAUUAUGUAACAAUUGAUGACCAAAACGGAGCAAAGAACGUGAUUGCAGCAAGAAAGUGAAUCGAAAAGAAAGGUUAAAUUGAGUGCACUUAAAACAACCAACAAGUAAUAACCUAGUCAUUUCGGUCAGUGGUGCGCGAAAAGGAAAAAUUGAGUGAAAAUUAUUGAAACGCUUGCGGGGCCCGGUAUCUUUCGACAGCAAGCAGCAAAAAUAGAGGUGAAAACUGAAAGUUUUUUUUUCUGCUAGAAAGGCAUUUGUUAGUGAACGGGAGGCAAAACGGCAUCUUCCCCACAGUGGAAUCGAUAAAAACGCAGGAAAGAAAGUAAGAGUGUGAUAAUCGUCGGUUCGGAAGUUCCAGAAACUGCUGCUGCUGCCAUCCAUCGAAAUGGCAACAACGGUCAAUAGUCGGCACACCGAGCCAAACGGUGGCACUCUGGGCCCCCGAAAAACACUGAUCAUCAUGGUGACGGUGGUGGGAUGCAUUGCGAUACUGUGGCCAAAGGUUUUCUACCCGAUGAUGGUUGGGCCAACGCAGACAAAAACCGUCAUCAAAGAUCAUCGCGGAUCAGGUUGUUGCGAUGUUGUGUUAGAUCAGGAGGAAACUUUUGCCAACAUGUCGAUCAACGUUCCCAACCAGCAGAAUCUUUUCCGCAAACGGAAUAUAGGACCCACAGUAGAAGACCACAGUAUACGACAAGAGCGACCGCCGCACCUGAGACCAGAAACCAUUCAUCCUGCCAUGCGGGAACGAGGCAGAGCGAUACCCCACGUUGGCUCGACACAUAGUGAGCGACCACAGUCACCACCCAGGAUCGUCGAGGGCAGGCCCGGUCCCAUACCUGGUAUGCGCCCGCCUAUGGGAGCUGGAUCGCAUCAGUCUACAAAAUCCGCCAACUCAAUGGGUUUCAUAAUGCCACUCUAUACCAUCGGUAUUGUUUCAUUCUUCAUCUACACAAUACUGAAACUCAUAUUUAAGAAAACGCCAGCCACGCCUUACCCAGAGAUUAAACCAGACACUACCUUCAGGAACGAGGUCUUUACCGCACCAGACCAGCCCUACAUGAAGCGACCAGACAGUGGAACCACUAAGCUAGGACAACCGAUCGCUAACGGAGAGAACGGUGCACCAGCUUCAGUGGGACCAGUGUCCAAUGGCAGCGCAAGCGCUAGCUUCAAUCACUCGGUGCAGGCAGAAAUCAGCGUUGAUUAUCAGCAGCUGGCUGCCCAAUCGGAAUCACGUCCUGCAACGACAGACUCAAGCGUAGCGGAGGAGCAGGUGACUGAAAUCACCACUCCAGUAGAGCAGGACAAGAGCGAAGCUAGUAGCGCAAGUGAAGCGACAAAUGACGAUGAAUGCGUACAACCCGAAUACGAUCCUGCUACCGAAAAGGUAGUUGAUGGAAUCGUAGUACAGAAAAUUGUACAACUGAACGAAGAGGAAUCGACCAGUAAAGUUAUUGAGCGAGUAGCUAGUCAAGUAGUAGACGAAGUUCUACAGGAAGCAGAGAGCAAGAUCAACGAAGCAGCCGAAGCCGCGGCUGUUGAAUUGGUAGAAAUGGUAGUGGAACAAGCGGAAGCUGCUGUGCUUGCAGCAGAACUUGACGGGAUAGAAGAAAUCGAACAGUUUGUGAAAUAUGUUGAAGAUUCUGCUACUGUGGAAGAAAACAUGAAAAUAGAUCAGCCUUCGGUGUCUGUUGAAGAACCGAUCGAAGAAGCAGAAACUGUUGAAGAAACUCCAGUGACGGAAGACAUUGUGAUCUGUCAUGAGCCAGUACUUGACACAAAUGCAGUUGCUGAAUCAUCUGAAACAAAAGAAGUAACAUUUGCUGACAACGGCCCUCAAUUAAUUUCUGAUGAAUUGUCAGAAUUAAAGCAGGAUAUCGAGACCAAUUCAGAAAUAACCGUAUGCCAAAAUGUUUCAGAAACAGAACAAACUGUUAAAGUAUCAGAAUCAAUAGAAGUAACAUCAAAACCUGAAAACGUUGAAGCGUCGGAACAGGAAAAUAUUUUCACAUUCGAUAGUAAUAAAAUCUGUGAUGAAAAAUUAUCAGAAAGUCCGAUUGAACUGGUACCAGAAUUAGAAACUAGCAUCGAAGUAUCAAUCUCUGAAACUCUGUCCUCUGAAGAGCCAGUUUUCAAAGAAAAGACCUUGAAAGAAGUUAUCGUGGACACAAUUGAAGAAAAUAUCACUGUUCCAAAUGAACCUGAGGCUAUUGAGGUCGAAGAUAAGAUGUCUGAACCACUUGAAGAUUCCGAGAAACUCACACCGGCGCAAGAAGUUGCCGUUGAGGGAGUUGAAGAGGAGACCGUAGAAACAACAAAAUCAACCGAAAUUGAGAUGGAGCAAGAAGUAGAGAUACCUGUAGAUGAUGAGGCCACUGCUGAUGAAGUUAUUCAAGUGCUGAAAGAAGUGCUUCAUUCAAGUGCUGGUCAUGAGGAACCACAACAGAUUUCGAACGAAGAACAAAUAGCUGAGAGUCCAAUAAGUGAGGUAACGGAACCAACUCAAGAAUGCGAAGUUGAUGCAACAGCGUCGGAAGGAUUGGAAACGGUAGAUGACGAAAAAGAAAUAACUCAGGAAACACCAACUGACACUGAAACUGUAUUAACACCAACUGAAACUGAAACUGUAGAAACUGAGAACGUAAAGGGUGUUACUUUUGCUGAUGAAGUGGUUGUUGAUACUUCCAAAGUUGAGGACCUUGAAGAACAGGUUUCAGAAGAAAUUCCAUCAUCGGAGACUGAGAAAACAACAACUUCAGAUGAAUCGCUCGACACCGAAGAAAUGGCAAUCAAAGUACUGGCAGCGAAAAUGGAGGAAACAAUCGCUGAGCAAGCCGAAGAGAUAGAGGUCAGAUCAAUUGCUGAGGAGCUUGUGAACGAAGUUUUGGAACAAGCAGAAGAAAUAGCAAAUGAAAAAGUAGCCUUGGAUUCAUACGAGUUGCCAAGUUAUGACCCGGCCACACAAAAGCUAGUUGAUGGUGAAGUAAUCAAUCGCUAUGUAUCUGAUGGGGAAGCAAGCAACGUAGCGGCAUCGACACCGGUAGUCGAAGAGGUUGUUGAGUCUGUUUCUAUCGAGCAAGUCAGUGCGGUUUGUGCUGAAGCGCUUGGUUCAGCUCCAGAAAAUACGUUGCCUUCAGAGAAUGAUACUGAUCAACUGACAUCUGAUAUUACUGAAGAAUCUCAGCCAUUUGAGCAGGAAACUCGGCAGAUUGUUGAAGAUAAUGUGAUCGUAAUAAAAGAAACAGUUGUAGAAUCAUCAGGUGACGUCAAACUUCCAGUUGAUAACGCUGAAGUUGCUGUUUCAGUUGAUCAACACAUAACAUUAGACAAUAUAACCGAUAAUGCGCAUAUUAAUGAAGAGAACCAGGAAAACAUACAUUCAUCGGAAGCUUCUGUCGAACCUUCAAUCAUAGAAACCACAUUUACAGAUUUGAAAGAAGGUGUUAAGAUCGAAGAACCAGUUGAGCAGGCUGUAGAAGAAAUGGCUCACGAUUCAGCCCCACAAGAACAAAUUGUCGAAGAGGUUCCUCAAGAUGAAGUUGAAUUAGAGGCAACUGAAACGAUCAGUGUUAAUGAACAAUCUGAAGGAGAAGCGACAAGUCUCAGUGAGGAGCCGAUCAAAUCUGAAGUAGUAGAGUCUGAGUCAGCAGAUGAGAUUCUAGUUCAAGAAGAAGCUCACCAAGAUACCUCAUCCGAACAUGUGGGCGUUGAUCACGAAAAUCAAUCUAUCGAAGCAAGAGAUUGCAAAGUUUCGACUGAAAUCAACUUGCCUGAGCACAUGAGUGUGGUAGAGCAGGAAAUCACAGUUGAAGAGGCUUCUGCUGAGUUGAAAAACGAUGAAUCUUCUGAAGCUGUGGAAACAUUAUCGGUAUCGCCUGAAUUAAGCACCUGUGAAACAUCAAUGACUAUUGAGGACACAACUUUGCCAGAUUGUACGGUUGUUCAGGAAUCCCUUUUCGAAGUGCAAGCCGCUCCAGAAGCUUCCGAAGCUCCAUUUGAAAGCUCCGUUUUGGAAAUAACUUCAUCUGAAGCAACUGUAGAAUUAGUGGCUCCAGAUGUAAAAGAAACGAAAGAUGUCACUGCAUUUAAAGAGACUACGGAGAAUAAACUUUGUGAAGCUACUGUAGAAUUAGUGGCUCCAGAUGUAGAAGAAACGAAAGCUGUCACUGAACUUAAGGAGACUACGGAAAAUAAACUUGAUACAGUCGCACCCGAAACAACUACAGAUGCUCCGGUGGAAGAACAAACUGCAGUUGCAGUAGAGGCCGACGCCUCUGUGGAAGCUGUUCCAUCAGUUGAUGCUUGUAAUGAGGAUGAAACUUUGAAAAUUGAAACUGAUGUUACCACCGAAACGGAUGUAACCGAACAAGUUGGUACAGAAGAAUCUUUUUCCGACAGUCCCGGUGAGGUGCCGAAAGAAGAGCCAAUUCUGGAAUCUUCUGCAUUUGUACAAAUAGAAUCUACGAGCGCUGAUGUGGGAUCAGAUGAACAAACUGGAACAGUUGAAGACUUGAAAGAGCCAGAACUGGAAAAUGUUUCUGACAGUGCUACCAAAGAAGUUGAAACACUAACUGAAUCUCUUGAACACAAAGUAGUUGAUGGGGAGGCUGCAGAUAUAAAUGAACUGGAACCAAUUGUAAAUGAAGCUCAAGAUAGUAAUGAAUCUCAAACUUUUGAAACAGUUGCUGAGGAACUACCAGUAACAAAGGACGCUGAGAUGUGAGCGAAACUAUUCUGGUGGCUUCAGAAGAAAUAAACCUGGAAAUUCCAGGUGUAGAAGUAAUCACAACCCCAGAGAUUGUUACUACUGCUUCUGCAGUAGAAGAACAAGGUUGCCUCCAACUACUGAGUCAGUCGCGCAAGAGAUUGU